AUGGCUCUGGUAACAGGCUUUCAGAAAUCUGACAGGCAGCUCAUUGAUAAUGCUCUCCUACUAUUGAAAGUGAGCACUUUGAUUUUAGUAGCAGGAGCUGCUAUUUCGUCGAGAUUGUUUUCUGUAAUCCGGUUUGAAAGUAUCAUUCACGAAUUCGACCCUUGGUUCAAUUACAGGGCCACAAAAUAUUUAACUGAAAAUGGCUUUUAUAAGUUUUUGAAUUGGUUCGAUGACAGAACUUGGUACCCAUUGGGAAGAGUCACAGGUGGUACUCUGUACCCAGGUUUAAUGGUCACUUCCAACGUCAUUCACACUGUUCUAAGAUGGUUUUCACUACCAAUUGACAUUCGCAACAUUUGCGUUAUGCUGGCACCAGCUUUUUCUGGAUUAACUGCUUAUGUUACCUAUUUGUUUACCACUGAAAUGAAGAAUGAGACUGCUGGCUUGUUAGCUGCUAUUUUUAUGGGGAUUGCUCCUGGUUAUAUCUCUCGUUCUGUUGCUGGUUCUUAUGACAAUGAAGCCAUUGCCAUUACAUUGCUAAUGGUAACAUUUUACUUUUGGAUCAAGGCAUUAAAACUCGGUUCCGCCCUUUGGGGCGGUCUCACUGCUUUGAGUUACUUCUACAUGGUUGCAGCUUGGGGUGGAUAUGUUUUUAUCACAAAUAUGAUUCCCCUUCAUGUGUUUGUCUUAUUGUUAAUGGGAAGAUAUCACUCAAGAAUUUACGUUGCCUAUUCUUCCUGGUAUGCAAUUGGCACAUUGGCUUCAAUGCAAAUUCCUUUUGUAGGGUUUCUCCCUAUUCGUUCCAGUGACCACAUGUCUGCACUGGGAGUUUUUGGGCUGCUACAAUUGGUUGCCUUUUCGGAUUGGAUACGUAGUCAAGUUCCUUCUAAGCAAUUUAAGAAUCUUAUUAUUGUGGCAGUCUUGAGUAUAUUGGCAAUCUCCUUUGCUGGAUUGAUUGGUCUUACGUCUGCUGGCGUCAUUGCUCCUUGGACAGGUAGGUUCUACUCUUUAUGGGAUACCAACUAUGCCAAGAUCCAUAUUCCAAUCAUCGCAUCCGUUUCUGAGCACCAACCUACUGCUUGGCCCUCAUUUUUCUUUGAUAAUUUUAUGUUGAUUUGGUUAUUUCCUGUGGGUGUCUAUUUAUGCUUGAGAGAGCUUGCUGACGAGCAUGUUUUUAUUAUCGUUUACGGCGUUCUUGCCAGUUACUUCGCUGGUGUUAUGGUUCGUUUGAUGCUUACUUUAACACCUAUAGUCUGUGUUGCUGCUGGUAUCGCUGUUUCUAGUCUGUUAGAUGUCUAUGCUGAGUUUGCAAUCGUUGAGAGUGACGAGGCUGUGGAAAGCACUGUUAAUAAAGGCGGUGACGUUCUAGAGGAAAUUGAUGUUACAUCUAGUGGAACUAGUACUCCUGGAGUGUCUUCUGAAGAAGGCAGCAUUUUCAAGACUCUUCUUAGCUCGAAUAACACUAUCAAGCCAUUGUUAGCCAAAGCUGUGGUACUCAUAUCCUUCACAAGUUAUCUAUUCUUAUUUGUCAAACAUUGUACUUGGGUGACUUCUAACGCAUACUCGUCUCCAUCAGUGGUCCUGGCAUCAAACCUUCCCGAUGGUUCCCAGUUUUUGAUUGAUGAUUUCCGUGAAGCCUACUAUUGGUUGCGCAUGAAUACCCCAGAAGAUGCCAAAAUAAUGAGUUGGUGGGAUUAUGGUUAUCAGAUUGGAGGCAUGGCGGAUAGAACUACCCUUGUUGACAAUAAUACCUGGAAUAACACUCAUAUUGCCACUGUUGGCAAGGCCAUGAGUAGUUCUGAGGAAGUAGCAUAUCCUAUUCUUCGCCAGCAUGAUGUUGACUAUAUCCUUGUCAUUUUCGGUGGUGUUAUUGGCUUCUCUGGUGACGACAUCAACAAAUUCCUAUGGAUGGUUCGUAUUGCAGAAGGAAUAUGGCCUGAGGAGGUCAAAGAGAGGGACUUUUUCACUGCCUCAAACCAAUAUCGUGUUGAUCAUGAAGCCACCCCCACCAUGAGAGAGAGUAUGAUGUACAAGAUGAGUUACUACCGUUUUACAGAUGCUUUCGGUGGUAGAGAUGGACAUGACAGAGUCCGUGGGCAAAAUAUUCCUGCGUCGAUGGCCCCUGAGCUGACAACCAUUGAGGAGGCGUUUACCAGUGAGAACUGGAUCGUCCGUAUUUACAAGGUCAAGGACCUUGACAAUGUUGGACGUGACUUCCCCAAGGCCAUCAAGUUUGACAAGGGACAAACAUCCAAAAAGAAAAGAUCUCAAACUGAACUAAGACUGUAG